CGGGCUCGUCCGUGACUGGUUUCCUGCGGUCUACCGUGCUCCACUGGUCCGGGUUGAGGGAACAUGGCCCGUAGCCUACGGGUAGUUUAUUUCUUGUUUAUGUUCGAUCUCCGCAGAGGUUUACCAUCGUGGUUAGCAUUCUGAGGCGAUGCUAGUUCCGCAAGGGAAAUCUGUGUUGAGCACGCACUGAAAUUCGUUCUUUUGUCAUCAUAACUAUCUGGCUUUAUGAGUUCAAGAGGUGUGAGGCUGGCCAUCAUCCAUCAGUUGAAUAAAUCAGCGAAUUGUUCUCAGUUUAUUAAUUAAUAUAUCAUUGGUAAAAAAAAAAAAGAAGGGAAAUCCCGUUUCCAUUCCUCCGUUGAGCGUUCAUUUCCUGUGUUGUGAUGCAUUGAAUCUGUCAUCGUAUCGGAUGUUCUGGAAGGGUUCGGAGUGAGCCGAGUUGAACGCUCCACCGCGCUCAACUCGACCCCUCGCCGCUCACCAGAGGGACGUGUGUUCGUUAGGUUUGCUGUGUUUUCAUGAGCCGUGCAGCGAUAUUUAUGGGCCUUCCUCACUGAACCCCGGAGUGCCGUUACAGUUGAUCCCCCUCACACCGGGCUGAAUAUCUCUUUUCAUAAGCCAUAAAUGUUAUACCCGUCAUAGACCGUUAAAUUACCCCCGCUCCCAACUCUUAUUUUGAAAGGAAUCCUCUUUGAGAUCCCAUUGAGGGACUUGACCUCCUUAUUCUUUUAUUUUGUUGAAUCAAAUGUCUGCGCUGUACUGCUGGGCUGCUUUGAUGCAAAGGGAGUCUCGGGUUCCCCCUGAUUUUAACCGUGACCCCGAUAACGGGAAAAACUGAAAGUUUAAGUGCGAGUUUUAGCAACUGAGGUUCAACGGUAGCUCAGUGAAACGCCUUUAAAAUCCCCGGAUCCAAGAUACACACGUUUCCAGUCCAGGAAACAUGCCCCGGUUUGUCUCGUAAAAAAAAAACGUUGAGCGAGUGAAACCAUGCCGUUGAUGUCUGCUCGCAGCCGAUUGGUCACGCGACGUAUUUAUAAAACCGAUUUCGGGGGGCCUUGCUGCAUGCGGUGAUCUGACGAUGCAUGCCCCCAAUCUGCUGCUGCCGUUGACGUCGAGGGAAUGAACUAACAGUAACACAAAAGACACACUAACACAACACCACGCCCCUCCCUCUGACACACCCGGCGUGUGACCUUCAGUCCAAGCUCCGCCCUCGAGCGCUCCACCAUAGCCCUCCUCGUCCAAUGACACGGCUCGGUUCGGGCCAGGCUGUAACGUGUCACACUUUCCCUGUGUAGGGAGAGCCGGGACUUCCAGGGCUGCCCGGACUUCCGGGGAUUAAGGGCGAGCCUGGCUUCUUCGGACCACAGGGGGAGCCAGGGCUUCCGGGGCUCCCAGGAACCAAGGGCGAGAGGGGGGAUUACGGACCCCCAGGCAAGGGAGACAAAGGAGAGAUCGGGACAGCUGGACCAAAGGGAUCACCGGGAGAGGCGGGCGUUCCCGGGUUCAGAGGCACCAAGGGGGAGACUGGAGACAAGGGAGUCUUUGGCGCUCUUGGCCCACAGGGCCCACCUGGACAGAAGGGAGAUCAGGGAAACACGGAAAUCAUCGAUUACAACGGCAACAUCCAGGAGGCUCUGCAGAAGAUUACCACGUUUACAGUCACGGGCCCCCCUGGUCCGCCCGGACCCCUGGGCCCUCAGGGCCUGAAGGGGGAUCAAGGGCUGCCUGGCCUCCCGGGACUUGACGGUGAACGGGGCUACAAGGGUUCCAAGGGAGACAUGGGGAUGCCCGGCUCAUCUGGGGAGAAGGGCACCACCGGCCUGCCUGGACUUCGUGGGACCAACGGGGCCAAAGGGGACCGGGGGGACUCCGGGAUGACGGGCGCCGAGGGGCCCUCGAUCACCGGCCUUCCAGGCCCGCUGGGGCCGCACGGACCCCCAGGACCCAUGGGUCCCCAUGGUUUUCCCGGACCGAAGGGCGACGCGGGGCUGCACGGGGCCAAGGGGGCCCGGGGUGAGGUCGGCCACAAGGGGGACCGCGGACCCCUGGGGCUUCCCGGAGCGUCUGGCUUGGACGGCAAGCCCGGAACCGGGGGCACGGACGGACCUGUGGGCCCAGCCGGACCCGCCGGGCCCAAGGGAGACAUAGGGGAACGAGGCACCUCCGGAGAGCCCGGUCCGAGAGGACCUUACGGACUACCUGGAUCUGCCGGAACCCCAGGCUUGGACGGCUUGAUUGGAGAGAAAGGCGACAUUGGGGAGAGAGGCGAAAAGGGUUUCCGUGGGUUUAAGGGUGACAAGGGGGAGCCCGGGCAGCCCGGUCUGGACGGGCUGGACGCCCCAUGCCAAUUGGGCCCUGACGGGCUGCCCAUGCCUGGAUGCUGGCAGAAGUGAUCGAAUCUCUAAUCAGAAUCGCAUGGAGUUUGUAAAUAAUGAGUCCUGUAUGGUAUUUAUAGUUUUGUUAUUUUUUUCGACGGGAAGAAAAAUGUCUAAAAGAAAGAAAGCAAAAUAAAAAAUAUACAAAUCCGGGUGCAAAGACACAACGACGACAACAUCGCUGACAAAAACCGCAACACAACUACGGACUUCACCGCCUGGGAUUCUUCUACUCAACAUGCUGCCUGUUAGGGGGACAAACGUGUGUGUUUGUGUGUGUGUGUGUUCCCCACACUCGCUCACAUCAACUUUGUGUCAGAGGGGUUCAGCUCUGGUCCCGGUCCACUGCAUGGCAAAAGACUGGGUCUCCCCCGGGACCACCACCAGAGGGGGGGGGGGGGGGGGCACAGUGGAGGGACGGACUCAAGGCUGGCUUCCCUAACCUCAUGCGCAAGAUGUGGUUUUCAUUUUUUUUGGAGGGGGGGGGGGGGUUGUGUGUGUGUGUGUGUGUGUGUGUGUGCGUUCAGCUUCACGGGUCGCUCCUGACCCGACUUCAACGCCGCCCGUCCCGCGGUUCACCGCAAACUCAUCGCCUGAGAGUCAAAACAAAAAAAAAAGGCAAAAGCAAGACCCCUCACCCUCCACACAACUAAAGCAUGAGCACUGUAACGGCUUGGCGCUGUGUUUCGAUGUCUUGUAUAUAAUGUCUCCGUCGUGUGGUUUUCAACGUGGCUUCGGGAACAAAAAACAACAACAGCAACAAAACAAACAAUCACUAACUCUCCCCGCCGCUGACAGAGUGAGCCGGCGGGGUCUCGAUGGGUAACUCUGUGUUCUUCUUCUCUGCUCUCCGUGCGUCCGCCCCCCGCCCACCACAGGGAGUCACCCCCUGGCUGGUGGCCUGAGCCCCGCCCCCAAGAGACGGACCGCCCGUUUAUUGAUACGCUUUUAUUGUGGCGGGGCCUGCGCUUUUGGUUUGAGCUACGACUCAGCAGGUUCUCGCCGUCGCUCCCCAGCGGUCCAUAUACCCCCCCCCCCCCCCCCCCCCCCCCACCCCAACGGGAUUCGGACCCCAUCCCACCCCCCACCCUGACCUUGAGGGGGCCUGGAACCGUCGGCGAAUCGAGGGAAGGGAAGGGGAGGAUUAUCCGACGUUGGGAAUUGUCCGAGGUCGUCUUUGUCUCGGACCGUCGGCGUGGCGAUGUCCGUGGAGGCGGGCUGAAGCUCCCCCCCUCUCCCCGACCAUAAGCAGGCGAGCUAGCGAGCUAGCAGAAGAGCUAGCGAGCUAGCAGAAGAGCUAGAUUGCCCCCAAGCGGCUUGGAGUGACGAUGGAGAGUGGAUUCGUGGAGUUCUCUUUCUCUUUCUCGAUUGACUCUCAUUGCCCUUACUCAUUGUUUAUAUCGGUCUGUAUCAUAGCCUUCGGUGCCUCCAGCUUUAGUUAUUCAUUCCUUUAUUUGUAUUGAACAACGUGUAUUAUUGUUUUCAUAUUGUUUUAUUGGAGUUAUUCCAAGGGGCUUUCAACAAAAGCUUGUGUAUAACCCUUGCUAUGUAAAAUGUGCCACAGUGUUUUGAGAGGGGGGGGGGGAGGGGUUGAUGCACUGACUUUAUCAAACACUGAUUUCUGUAUAGCUUUCAACACAACACGGUAAAGUCUCUUAGCAACGGAAAGGGAAGGUGGACAUUGACAAAAUCUCACAACACACAACAGUAUAUCUUUUUUAUCAUGGUAUGAAGACCAAACUGAUAAUUGCAUUCAUCGUUUCAGUUGUUUCAUCCUCCACGAUUGUAAGUCGUGGUGGGAGAUGAUAGAUAGAUCACAGAAUGGGACAGGGAUUUCACCUUUGAAACCAGGAACUGACCUUAUGUAACGUUAAGCUGUAAAAUACGCCACUGUAUUGCAGAAAUCGUAUCUCGACGUUUAUCAUGCUAUCGUGUUGAUAUAGUGAGCAGACACAAGCACCACAUUUAACGUAGAUUGACGUUGAUUUAACGUAGAUGUAGAAAAAGUGAUUGUAGGUGAGGGAGGGAGCACACACACACAUACAUAUACACAUACAAAUAUACACGCACACACACACACACACACACACACACGGUGAGGUAGGCUUCUAGUUAGCUACGAAACGUCUCGUAUCAAAUGAUUGAUGGUACCGUUUUUCAAUAUCAGUUUUGAAGCAUUGUGUUUUUUUUAGAUUUGGUGUGUGUGUUUUAAUGAAACACAAAACCUGAUUGUAUCCAUUUGUUAGGAUUUGAAAGCAGUAGCAUAUUGCAGAAUUUGAACCGAUUUGGACAACUAAACUGCUUUAUUUAACAUUAGGUUAGACCUGAUAUCUACAAGAAUAUGCAAUUAGAUCAUGUUUGUUUUUUUCACGUGUACAAUAAUGAAGCUGAGAUGAGUUGUUGUGUGUGGUAGAGGUAGCUGAAUUUAACAUUCUGAACUGUGUCUCUAUGAUUUCUUCCUUGUUGUAGGUCGUACCGUAAAAACAGUUGUAUGAUUUGUAAUAUCUCAAUGAGAUAUUUUUUGCAACCUGCAUUUUAUAAACUACAGUCCUUUAGUUUGGCCAGUUAAUUUACAUUCCAUGCCAGGUGGAGCAAAACGAUGCUAUCAUGCUAUAUUUUCAUGUUUUUUUUUUAACUAAAACCUGAAUAAUUUACUUCCAUAUUCCCAUACAUGGGAGUCACACAUUUACACAGACAUACAAAACAUACAUUAAGUAUGCAAAUAUUAUGGACUCAUUCAUUCAAGGGGCAAAAGUGAAACGUGGGCAUUGUGUCACUAUGAACGUUGUGUGGUAAAGUGUGACAGGGUGACGUUGCUUCAUGAUGUUUUCAUGUUCAUAAAGGUGUUUGGUCGUUCCACUUCGCAGGAAAGGGCAUCUGAUUACGGUUAGCAUGCUAUCUGUUAGCGUGCUAUCUGUUUGCGUGCUUUCUGUUAGCGUGUCUACAGUUCACUCAUAAAUGAUGUCGCUGAGGAAAAACAACAAGCAGAUAACAUGUUUUCUUAGCUCCCGUCGUUAUUUCUUAUUGCAGCCCUUGUCAAACCAUUUCAAUCGAUUGUGUGUGCGUGUGUGCAGAUGCAUUAUGCUUGUUUCACUAUUUUAGGUGAUACAUUAUUUAUUUUUCGAUACACGUUCUUAAUGGAAGCCAUCUUGGUUUCUAACAGGCAUUCCUUUCUGGUGGCAGUGAUAUCAUCGUCAUCAUCAUCAUCAUUAGUACUACAUUUAACCAGCGUUCUCUGAUAUUUCUGAGUUCAAUGUUUAAGUUUUUUUAACCACCAAGGGGACAUGAAUAAGGCUCAACAAGGUUCCCUAUAACGUAGUAGCCUUCAUUUACUGUGGUUUUUACUGCUCUUAUUGUAACUUCCAGUUGUCUACCGUAGAGGGCACUCAUCUGCUUUCAAGGUCAUACAAACAACAUCAAUCUCACACAUCUACAUGUAUCAAAACUUUCUCUCUCUCUCUCUCUCUCUCUCUCUCUCUCUCUCUCUCUCUCUCUCUCUCUCUCUCUCUCUCUCUCUCUCUCUCUCUCUCUCUCUCUCUCUCUCUCUGUUGAAUGUAGGUUGAUAUAUGUACAGUAGUAUUUUAAUGUCAUGUUCAAAUAUGUGCUUGUGUGACAACAGCAACAAAAGAUAAAGUGCAAUUUAUACAUUUCGUUUUAAUGCGCGGUGAUUUGAAAUGCAGCUUGAAUAAAAACCGGUCACUGAGUGUGAUCUAAUAUGCUUGCAUUUGCCAGACCAGCCCUCUUGUGCUACUGUCCAGAUGUAAAAAUAAAGAUAUUUACUGUUAGGAAAGAAAAUAUACAAUAUUGCAAACUGUAAAUAUGGGUCGUUGAUGUACACUAUUGGAUUGAUUUACUUUUGCCUCGAAUAUAGUCGCUCUCUAUUAAUGUGUUCAAUGUUGUGUUUCUUGAGACUUUUACAAUGAGUUAAAUAAUGUUUGGAUGAUUUCCGUUCAUGGGUCGGACUCGUGAUGCAGUGAUGCGGUGCGGUUGUGUGCUGUAUCUUCAGCGCGUGCAGCUAACCGUCUUUACGCACGGAGGACGCACGGUCCUCUUUACGCACGGAGGACGCACGGUCCUGUCGGUCACGUGGUCUGCAAACGCUCGUUCUUUUACUUUUUUGUCAACUUUCAUUUCGGCAAGAAAAGAGACAUCUAACGUUAUUUAAAGGCAUGAAGGAAAAUUAAAAAAAUAACAAAUUGUAUGCCGUAUCUAUUGAUUAUAUACCAAUUGGUGAAUUGAUUGUGAAUUGACUUGUUUUUUAAGGUACUCAAACAAGUUGAAAUGUAUUAGGGUUGAUGUCUUUUCAGCCAUAUUCCUGUUAUUGAAGCCUAUUCAUAUAGAUGUACAAACCCAUGGAGACGCUGAACGUUUAUUAAGUAAUGAAACACAUAUUGAGCUCAAGGUACGAACUCCGAAUCCACCCCUGAGGUGACCAGUAUCCACACUUUCUUUCUUUCUUGUUGAUUUUUGCUUAAGAAAAUGAAGUUAUGCUGCUGUUUUGUUCUUUUUGUUUGCUUAUUCUGUAAAAUAUUAUUUCACUUUACACACAUGAAAUGUCAUCACAGAUCUUAUUGUUCAUAGAUUUUUUUUCAUGAGCCAAAUAAACAGUCUUUCCAAUAUA